AUGGCUUUCACUUACAAGCACGUUAUUUUUAAUGUUCUUGUUCUCCUUAGCAUAUUCAACACGUGUCAUACUGAAGAGUUGAAGUUUGGCUUCUACAAGAACACAUGUCCAUCUGCAGAGGCUAUCGUGAAACAAGAAACUUCUCGUAUUAUUUCCGUUGCUCCUUCCCUUGCCGCUGCUUUUCUCAGAAUGCAUUUCCAUGACUGUUUUGUUAGGACGCUCAGUCGUAAGCUAUAUACAUGUUUGCAGGGGUGUGAUGGUUCUGUGCUACUAGAUUCAACAAGAAACAAUAAAGCUGAGAAAGAUUCGUUUCCGAAUCUAUCCCUUAGAGGAUUCGGAUCCAUCGCCAGAGUGAAAUCCACCGUUGAAAAGCAGUGUCCAGGUGUCGUUUCUUGUGCCGAUAUAUUAGCUCUUCUUGCACGUGACGCAAUUUCAGAUAAGCACGGAGCUUUCUGGCCGGUACGUUUGGGACGGAGAGAUGGAAGAGUGUCGAAGAGCUCCGAGGUGUUGGCUAAUCUUCCGGCUCCUAAUUUCAAUAUUAGUCAGUUAAAAGCAUCAUUUGCUUCAAAGGGUUUCACCACAAAGGACCUUGUAGUUCUCUCAGAAACCCUCUCCUACCUCAAUAUGCAUGUAGGAGCCCACACCAUAGGAGUAUCCCAUUGCUCGAGCUUCUCUAACCGGCUAUACAACUUCACCGGCAAAGGAGAUAGCGACCCGGCACUGGAGUCGAACUACACUGCAUUUCUAAUGAGAAGGUGCAAGCGAAUGGAUGUGGGAUCGUUGGUUGAGAUGGACCCGCGGAGCUAUAAAGUGUUCGACACUUCGUACUACAAAGCUGUCGCGAACAAGAAAGGACUCUUCACUUCCGAUUCGUCUCUUCUUGCUGACGGUGAGACUAGGGCUUAUGUCACGCGCCAUGCGGCUACUCCUGAUCGCGGAUUAAAGAGCUUCUUCGGAGAUUUUGCCAAGUCUAUGGUGAAAAUGAGCGAAAUCGGUGUUCUCACGGGGAACCGGGGUGAAAUCAGGAAAACGUGUUCUUUUGUUAAUUGAUGAAUAAUUCAUUUAAUUGAUUAAUGAUUUGUUGUUAUUUGUGUCGUUCGA